ACACAAUUUUGAUGCAUGACUCCAUGUACAGUCCACUCUUGGCCGAGAUACCAGACGGCGUAUUUCCACCCCGAUUUCCACCCGUCCACUGCCUGUCUUUAUUCUGCCCGCCCGCUCUCCGCAUGUCCGACCCCCCGUCCCGUAAACCGUGACAAGCACGCUCCAGGCGCCGGCUCCUCUGGCCGCGGCAAACCGGAAGCUUGAUGGCCGUUGCAUGGUUGAUCCGCGGCUCACAUGAAC